AUGAGCACCGAAGCUUCGUGUCGCAAGUUCUUGGAUGCGUUGGCGCAGAAUCUCGCCACGCUGUACGACUUUGAGUGCAGUUAUGGUGAUGUCGCGACAAUUGGCGACGUCUUCAGUGCUGUCAAAAAUGAUGAAUGGGGUUUUCGUCUGAAGAGAGGGAGGCAGUUGACCAGUGAACCAUUGCCAAGCUUCUUCACCGAGGACGAGUGGAAAGACCUCAAGGAUUUGAAUUGGCGUACAAAUCGCCGUAUUCACGAUGGCAAGGUUCCCACAACCAGCAAAGGGAAAUCGUACGUCAUUCUCCCGCACGCCAUUUUCAGUGAUGAUCGAGUCGACAGAUACAAAACUAUUGCGACUAGAGCAAGCGUGGUGUUCGAAGCGACCGAGUUCGAAGUGAAAGAUGAAGAUGAGUUCUCGGGUAGUUCUCGUUCAAGUAGUGGUCGUUCGGAUAUUGCAUGA